AUGGCUGGUUUGGUUUUAUGUGAACCAACAGAGCUUUACAACAUCUUGAAUCAGGUCACAAAACUAUCCCGACUGACUGAACCCAACUAUCUCUGCUUAUUGGAUGUGCGUUCCAAACGGGAGUAUGACGAAAGCCAUGUGAUUACAGCCCGUCGGGUGAAGAAGAGGGCAAAUGAGUAUCUUCUCCUGGAGUCUGUGGAUCUGGAGUGCGUGAAAUACUGUGUGGUGUAUGAUAACAACACCAGCACCCUGGAGAUCGCCUUAGGAGGGGAGGACGAGGACAACACUGAGGAUAGGAGACACGAACUGGUGCCUGGAGCUGCUGUGGAGUGUGGCAGGGCGCUGGCCCGCCUCACCCACCACCCCAUCUGCAUCCUGAAAGGAGGCUAUGAACGCUUCUCGGCCAUGUACCACUUCCUCCGGACACAGAAGAUCAUCUGGAUGCCACAGGAACUGGAUGCCUUUCAGCCCUACCCUGUUGAAAUUAUGCCAGGCAAGAUCUACCUGGGCAAUUUCAGGCAAGCCUGUGACCCGAAAAUUCAGAAGGAUUUGAAAAUCAAAGCACAUGUCAAUGUCUCCAUGGAGACAGGGCCAUUUUUUGUAGAUGACAGUGACAAACUUCUGCACAUCAAGAUUGAAGAUUCCCUGGAAGCCAACAUUUUCCCCUUUUUACGGCACCUCUGUCACUUCCUUGAAAUCCACCUCCAGCUUGGCUCGGUCAUCCUGGUCUUUUCCACCCUGGGCAUCAGUCGCAGCUGUGCAGCCACCAUGGCCUUCCUCAUGCACUGGAAGGAGCAGACCUUGAAGAAGUCCUGGGCCUAUGUCAAGAAGUGCAAAAACAACGUGCAUCCCAAUCGGGGCUUGGUGGCUCAGCUUUCGGAGUGGGAGAAGGUCAUCCUUGGAGACUCUGUCACAGACAUCUGGGAUCCACCCUACUGA